AUGCCGAUAAACACGAAGUGGACAAAGAAGGAUGUCAAGUUCACCGAGAUUCCCUACGCUGAUGAAAUGCGUUCUGUGAAAUUAGCAGGACUGUGGGCGAACGAGAGAACAAAGUCAGUAUACAGAUGGGGAGGCGAGCUGCAUCGAAAGGAGCAGUUUGAAGUGGGCCACGAAAUGAAGCUACAUGUCCUCGAGACGGACGGAAAGGGAGGCGGACACUGGACAUCUAAAUCACUACCGCAGUCCAUAUCAUCAGGGGAGAUCAAAUCCAACAGCUUUGGAGCAUCGACAUUCUGCGACGGCCGAGGCUUCUACAUUGGCGGUUUCUCAUCAAACUCGACAGGGGAUUAUAGGCAGAGGGAAAUGCCAAGCCCGGGCGUGGUAACGUAUAACAUGGACACUGGUGACUUAUCCAAUACGACGUCUUCCACUGCAGUGCCGUUGCACGACGAAAAUAUCUGGGGAGGCAAAGCUGUUUGCGUGACAGCAUUCAAGCGACCUCUUGUCAUAGUCCUCGGCGGAUUCGACGGGACACACCGCGACAAUGUGCGAGAUUUGGGAGAACCCAUAGUGUACGAUGCAAGUCCUGCUUCACCAAAGUGGCAUUCCCAGCAGAGAGCCAUAGGAGACAGUAUUCCCGAGAAGCGCUUUGCUUUUUGUGCAGUUGGUGCCCAGGGUAAAAAUGGCACCUAUGAAAUUUUUAUCUAUGGCGGUACUCUAAGGGGUGAAAAAGGUGACACCUUUUACAGCGACAUCUGGAUCUUGUCUCUGCCUGCAUUCAGAUACUUCAAAGCCGAGAGUACUUCAACCAGCUUUCAACGGGGUUAUCUUGCCUGCGCAGCUGUCGGCAGAUACAUGAUCACCAUUGGAGGGACCUCUAAUGACAUCCCUGACAAAUGGAAGGAAGAUGAUCCGUGGUUCAGAGCCAUAGGGGUUUUCGACAUGGUCGAGAUGAAAUGGACAGAGGACUUUGAUCCUGGCAAAGGAGAUUUGAUGUCAAAAACUGGUACAAGAAAAAGUAAUGUUGUGCCAAAAGAUUUUAACGUUGACGCAUAUGGGCUUUAUGAUGACAGUAUCAGAGACCUUUUUAUCAAUGCUUCAAAUGACAGCAAUGGCAACAAUGAUGGCAACAAACAAGAUAACGCUCCUCUUGGUCCUAUAGUCGGCGGAGUCAUUGGGGGAGUUGCCUUGGUACUUUUAGCUAUUGGUAGUUUCUGGUUCUUCCGCCGCCGCCGAGCCCAAGACGAAGAACGACAAGGCAUUAACCUAGCAACGCUCCCAGAUCAGCCUACAGAAAUGAAUGCCCCCCACGGAGGCUCACAUGACAACCUCAAGGUUCCUUCGCUUCCGAAACGUACGAGCCAACUGGUUGAGGCGGGCUGGGUAGACACUGAGCUUGAUUCUACUGUUGUGUUGGAGAUCGAGUCUACUGUAGUGGCAGAGAUGGAGGGCUGUACAGAUAUAAACCUCGGCGAUAACGAGGAUCCAGACCGCCCGCUAAAUCAGAGAGCGGAGCUGGCAUAA